UUACCAUUUUAUUUUUAAUUUUUUAAUGGUUGGUUAAUUUAUAGGCUCAAAUUCAAGUUUAGCUUAUUUUUAACUGACUGUUAAUGUAUUAUUUUAGGAUGUUAAAGCUCGAAUCGCUACUGCCAUGGCUCCUCCUCCUCCUCCUCCUCGCCGGGCGAAUCGAAUUCGGCGGCGCCGACAUCGGCACGGCCAGCCAGUACGUUCCACCGUACGCACCGACGGCGUGUUUCGGGAGCGACUACUGGCGGUUCCCGACGAGCAACCUGUUCGCGGCGGCAGGGGAGGGGAUAUGGGAGAAUGGAGCGGCGUGCGGGCGGAAGUACGUGGUGCGGUGCAUCAGCGGACCGGCGGCGCAGAGCUGCGUGGAGGGGAUGACUAUACCUAUCACGAUCGUGGAUCGUGCACAGACCUCCGUGUCCCGGCCCUCCAGGUCCGGGACCACCCUAGUAUUAUCGAAUACCGCUUUCCAAACAAUUGCCAACCCUACGGUUCCUUACUUGAACGUCGAAUUUCAACAGAUUUAAUUUGAAGACAUUGGAGAAGGAAGGCAAUGAGUGAAGCAUAUUGUUGUAUAAAACCCUAAAUGUGUAAGGAAAAAAAAUAAUAUAUAUAUAUAUACAUAUAGUAAUAA